UCAGCAGUUGGUUUCUCCCUCUUCCCCGCCCGUGUUGGGUGGUCGCCUCCCCCCUUCCCCAGAGCCAGGGUGCGCUGGCUGUUGCCGCUACCGCUCACGCUGCCGCUGCCGGGAGAGGAGGAGGCGCCCUGGAUCGGCCUUCGUCCUCCGCGGGAGUGCGAGCGUCCGGACGGUCCUUUGUUGCCUGGAGGGCCAAGAGUGAGCGUGGCGCUGCCGCUUCCUCCCGGAGCACUCUCGGGCCGACCUUACUCGCUCGUCCUGCAGGAGCUGCGGCGCCGAGAUGAAUGGAGAGGAGAACCCAGCCAGCAAGCCCACGCCGGUGCAGGACGUACAGGGCGACGGGCGCUGGAUAUCCCUGCACCAUCGGUUCGUGGCGGACAGCAAAGACAAGGAACCCGAAGUCGUCUUCAUCGGGGACUCCUUAGUCCAGCUAAUGCACCAGUGCGAGAUCUGGCGGGAGCUCUUCUCUCCUCUGCACGCACUUAACUUUGGCAUUGGUGGGGACAGCACACAGCAUGUACUAUGGCGGCUGGAGAAUGGGGAGCUAGAACACAUCCGGCCUAAGAUUGUGGUGGUCUGGGUGGGCACCAACAACCAUGGGCACACAGCAGAGCAGGUGACUGGCGGCAUCAAGGCCAUUGUGCAACUGGUGAACCAGCGGCAGCCCCAGGCCCGAGUCGUGGUGCUGGGACUGCUUCCAAGGGGCCAGCACCCCAACCCACUUCGGGAGAAGAACCAACGGGUGAAUGAGCUAGUAAGGGUGGCACUGGCUGGCCACCCACGGGCCCACUUCCUGGAUGCUGACCCUGGCUUCGUGCACUCAGAUGGCACCAUAAGUCACCACGACAUGUAUGAUUACCUGCAUCUGAGCCGCCUGGGCUACACACCCGUCUGCCGGGCCCUGCACUCGCUGCUUCUGCGUCUGUUGGCCCAAGAUCAGGGCCAGGCUGUCCCCCUGCCAGAGCCUGCACCCUAGGCAUCCUGCUAUCUGUAACAUUAAAUUCUCCUUCCUUAGUCUUCCA